CCGCACGGCGCGCCCGGCUCGCAGUGUCCCGGGGCAGACAGGCUUUGUGGCUGUGCGUGCAAGUGUGCGAGCGAGUGUAAGUGUGUGUGCGCGCGCGCGCGCUCGCCUGGGUCGGCUGUGGGUGGGCGUGCGCGCUUGCGAGCUGGCCUGUGGGAGGCGAGGCUCUCCUGGCCUCCGCCGCCAACCAGUUGACCGAGUCCCGGGAGGGAAGUUGCCGCAGCCGCCCGGGCCGCCGGCCCUUUCGUGCCCCCCCACCGGCCAGGUACACAGUUCCUCUUAGCAUGACCGUGAUCUGAUCAACAGCUAACGUGACCUGACUCCUGUGUGUGGCACAGCUGUGCUGGGGGCUGGUCACUGCCCACAACUACAGAGCUGCCAUGGCUGCUGCCUCCACGUCCACCCCUCUAAAUUCACAACCCCAGUUCACAGCCAUGAAUGAACCACAGUGCUUCUACAAUGAGUCCAUCGCCUUCUUUUAUAACCGGAGUGGAAAGUAUCUCGCCACAGAAUGGAACACGGUCAGCAAGCUGGUGAUGGGACUUGGAAUCACUGUCUGUAUCUUCAUCAUGUUGGCCAACCUACUGGUCAUGGUAGCAAUCUAUGUCAACCGCCGCUUCCAUUUUCCUAUUUAUUACCUAAUGGCCAAUCUGGCUGCUGCAGACUUCUUUGCUGGGUUGGCUUAUUUCUACCUAAUGUUCAACACAGGACCCAACACUCGGAGACUGACUGUCAGCACGUGGCUCCUCCGCCAGGGCCUCAUUGACACCAGCCUGACAGCAUCUGUGGCCAACUUACUGGCUAUUGCAAUCGAGAGGCACAUUACGGUUUUCCGCAUGCAGCUCCACACCCGGAUGAGCAACCGGCGGGUGGUGGUAGUGAUUGUGGUCAUCUGGACUAUGGCCAUUGUCAUGGGCGCUAUACCCAGUGUGGGCUGGAACUGCAUCUGUGAUAUCGAAAAUUGUUCCAACAUGGCGCCCCUCUACAGUGACUCUUACUUAGUCUUCUGGGCCAUUUUCAACUUGGUGACCUUUGUCGUCAUGGUGGUUCUCUAUGCGCAUAUCUUUGGCUAUGUUCGCCAGAGGACUAUGAGAAUGUCUCGGCACAGUUCUGGACCCCGGCGGAAUCGGGAUACCAUGAUGAGUCUUCUGAAGACGGUGGUCAUUGUGCUUGGUGCCUUUAUCAUCUGUUGGACUCCUGGAUUGGUCUUGUUACUUCUCGAUGUGUGCUGUCCACAGUGUGACGUCCUGGCCUAUGAGAAAUUUUUCCUUCUGCUGGCCGAGUUCAACUCCGCCAUGAACCCCAUCAUCUACUCCUACCGCGACAAGGAGAUGAGCGCCACCUUCAGACAGAUCCUCUGCUGCCAGCGCAGCGACAGCACCAGCGGCCCCACGGAAGGCUCUGACCGCUCGGCUUCCUCCCUCAACCACACCAUCUUGGCCGGAGUUCACAGCAAUGACCACUCUGUGGUUUAGAAAGGCAACCAGGAUGAGGAACCAGCCAUUAGAGAUGGAGGGAUGAA